UCAACCUUCAUCGGCGGACUAUCUUAGUCUAGUACGGACAGUGACGGCUCAUCCCAUUGAUACCGCCGUUCUCUCUAGAAGCCUGUGGUCCAGGGACUGUCAACUUUACUUGAAGCAUCUUCGGAAUCCCACGUAAAUACUUCUUUGAUUUCUCCUUUCGUCCAUCACGCGCUGGGGUGUGCUCUUGGACACAGAAGACUUCGACAGUCAUCUUCAAUCUUUCGGACCAUCUCUAGAUUGAGGAUGUAUUUAAAUAUUUCCGAAGCUAGUCCUUCUGACCUCCAGCGACAUAAAGUGAUUCUCCACACCUGUCGCAGCUCAGAAAGCGUUACUUGGAUGCAGUACCUAUUCCCGACUUUGACUUGUGGAUUCCCUUUACUCGAGCUCGAUCUAUCCUACCGCCGUCACUAUAGAACAUGGUGAACAUUGAUACGUUUAGCGGUAUCGAGCACACCAUUCAGGUUAUCCAAAUCACAAAAUGGUGCCACUUAUCGUCAUUGGUCAUGUACCUUUACGAGCUGCUAAUCACCUUCGACGAUGAAGUGAUGUUGAUUUGGCUGAGCCCGUUCAGUUAUGGCAAAAUACUAUUUCUUUUCCUUCGAUAUUUCACACUCAUGACGCUUCUCUUUAUAAAUAUUGUUCUCUUCCUCCGAGAAGUACCAACCAAUGUACGUCUUGCAUGGACACGCUUUCAAUGGACAGCGGGAUCAAUAAUUGGAUUUCUAUCUCAUUUAACAUUAGAACUGCGCCUCUUCGCGAUGUUCAGUAAAUGCAAAACGGUUGUUACCACGUUAGUUGCCUCAACAGUGGCGACAGCUGGAUCAAUGUGCGGCAUAUAUAUUAAGAUAAUGGUAGUAGAGAAGGCUGUGUUUGUCAACCUUGGAAAAGCAUCCGAACAUAAUAUGUGUUUCCACGUGAACGUACCGAUUUUGUUCAAGUAUUUCUGGAUCCCAUGCCUUAUAGCGGAGUUGAUACUGGUCGUCCUCGCAUUGUACAAAGCUGUGCAAACGAAUGGAAUAAUGCUGCAUCGAUGGUGGUCCGAGAAGGGCCAUUAUGGAUUUUUGCGUUUCCUUGUCCGAGACUCAAUUCUAUUCUUUUGGAUGGUAUUCAUACCUUUCUUAGCUAAUCAAUUAGUAUGGGUUUUCGGUGGAGCCGACUACAUUGAAGUCACUCUCGGUAUCGGGAUUGCUUCUGCGAGUAUCUGGAGUCAACGUCUUCUUCUAAAUAUCCGGAAACAUCGCCAAACGAGCUCGGAAGACGUCAGCGUUCGCGUCACUCUCAGCUCGGAUAUUCCUUCGUCUUCUGGUACUGGUGGAGGGAUCGUUCUUGGAAACCUCAAGAAGAUGGAGUUUAAGUCGGUUAACUCCUCAGCAGGCUCAAGUGGUUCGAGGACAAGAACCACAAUAUCAAAAUCGAGCACCAAGCAACCCGUCUGAGGUUGUCCCUUUCCGCUGUACACCUCGGAAGAGCGUCACUGUUAUUGUAUCCCCAUUUCCUGACCGUUUCCAAACUGUCCACUUCGGAGGAGCGCUUUAUUUGUUGUAUUCUCAUUUCCUAACUUUUCGGAUUCGUGUAUCCAAUGUUUACAUCUGUGUUACUAUACAUAGUACAUAGAAUUACCUUCUAAUGAUAUU